GGUCCUUGAUUAUACGAGUCACGCUUCACCAGCCAACUUCACGUUCGAGGGGUUUGAAGUGCACAGAUGGUUGGACAAAAGAAUGUAGCAUUAUUUAAUACUGAGUUACAACAGCUAUCACAAGCUAUAACAAUUUAUACUCAACUCAAGCGAACUUUGGUCUGAAAGUCGUUUAGGUGUACUGGGAAUUUGAUCAUGAGCAGUUUAUUGCGAAGGAUUUCAAAAAGUCUUGCUAGUCUUAUAUGGGGCGACGAAGAGCCUGUCCUCGAUGACAAUCAAAUUCAACUAAUCCGGAAUUCUUGGGAAAAAGUGGAAAAAGGAGAUUUGCAAGAGACUGGGUUGGUUGUGUUUAAAAGGCUGUUUGAAAUCGCUCCAUAUUUGAGAGAUCGCUUUCCAUUUGGACACAACCCAGAAAGCAAAGGACUACGAACCCAUGCCCUUGGUGUCAUGGAAACUGUUGGUGUGGCUGUAAAAAACUUAGACAACCCUGUGAUAUUGAAAAACAAACUCUUAGAGUUGGGUCAAUUCCACAAACCUUUUGGACUCACAGAUACAGACUAUCAGAAUGUUGGGGCAGCAAUUUUAUGGACCCUUGCAGCGGGACUUGGCGAGGAUUUUACACCCGAGACAAAGGAUGCUUGGGGUGCUGCAUAUGGAUACAUUCAGAAAACAAUGGAGGAGGGAUCACAAUAGAAUCUUCUUGCUUUACCUACUGUCCUUCAUGCACAUAUUCACUGAUUUACAUCACGAACAAAAUCCUUAUAAGCUUACAUCGUUAUCAUAUGCUAUAAACAAGCUUACUUUAUUUUAGAAACGAAUUUUGGACCAAGAAUCAACGUGCCACCAUGUUGAUUGAGUGUCCUGGGUUUUUAUCUACUCUAGGGUGUCCGUCUAAGGCUAGUUUUUAUCCUCAUUUUGUAUUCAAGAUAUAUCGCUACUCAUUCGAAAUGCCAUCGCUCUGGCACUUCAAUCAUUAAUAGCUAGACGUAGAGCUCGAGCGCGCGCUUUUUAUAGAAGUUGUCGUCUGCACGCCUAUCUGAACUAUUUAGGUAUUAUUCGAAAACCUUACCUCUAUUGGAAGUAUUUACGAAGUCUCUUUGGAUGUUUUCGCGAUAUUUCAAGUCUUAAAACACUAAARCACUAACACUAAAACUUCCAGAACUUGUAGCAAACGAAGAGGCAAUCAUCAGCCAUUUUACCUUUGAAACCUGGCCUUCAUGGGAAUAAACUACAGGGAUCCCGAACGAACUGGUUGGUUUAUAUUAUCGCACCAAUAUCUAUUGCAUUUUUUAAUUUAGUAGUAUAAUUGCACCUCAUAAUUUCAUAUUAUACAUUUUAGCCAGAAUAUAUCAGAAUGAUUUUGAUAAAAAUCAAAAAUAUUUAUUAGCUUACAAAUAUGUAACAGCAAAUGAAAAAUAAAGGCACUCAAAUUCAUUUCACUAAACAGGAAUUCCUUUUAUACAAAAUACAAAAGUUGACCAAUUAGAAUGCUUGUUGUAUAUAAGUUAUACAGAACUAAUUAAUUUGCACAUUCUGUGCAUUAGAUCAAUUGUGCACAUCAUGAUUCAAAUCAGCAACAUAUCAAUUAUCUGGUGAUAUUUAGCACUAAUCCAACCCUGGAUUAACACUUUAGUCACAUUCAUAGUUGAAAGGUUCUUUUCAAAAAUAAUUCUCAAACAAGCAAAUACCAUUUGUAAAAUUUUAUUCACAAGAUCAAUAAAGAGUUUUACCAAAACACUGA